AUGACAGCACUCUACAACAAUCCUGCGCCAAAACCCACCUCAACAACAGCACUCUACAACAAUCAUGUACCAUACACCAUCAAAAUGACAGCACUCUACAACAAUCCUGUACCAAAACCCACCUCAAUGACAGCACUCUACAACAAUCCUGUACCAAAACCCACCUCAAUGACAGCACUCUACAACAAUCCUGCUGUGUACAACUACGCUAAAGUCGAGUGCAAAUGUCAUGGCGUCUCCGGCUCCUGCGCCGUGAAGACCUGCUGGCAACAGCUGCCGUCCUUCCGGGAAGUCGGAGACCGGCUCCGGGAGAAAUACGACGGCUCUACGGAGAUUCGCUUCAACGUCCGAGGCACCAAACUCGUCCGCAAAAACAAACGCUUUAACAAACCAACAAAGGAGGACCUGAUAUACUUAGACGAGUCUCCGAACUACUGUGUCGCUAACAACGAGACGGGUUCCCUGGGGACUGUGGGGCGGGUGUGUAACAGACAAUCUCAGGGCACCGACGGGUGUAACCUCAUGUGCUGCGGGAGGGGUUACAACACGUUCAAGCAGAAGUUGACGGAGCGCUGCAACUGCAAGUUCCAGUACUGUUGUUACGUCAGGUGUAGAACGUGUGAGAGGAUUAUCGACAUGAACACCUGUAAAUAGGAGACACGCGGUGGCCUCUGUUUCCAGGGCCACUGUCUUCUGAUGGUCGUACUACACGCUCGACCUGAGGCCAGUGCGGCCAACAUUGGACACAUUUGUACCAGACACAAGAGGACACAGUUGUGUCGUAUUACAGAGGACACGGCUGUGUCAUAUUAAAGAGGACACAGUUAUUAUCAAACGUACACUUUCCUAUAAUAAACAAAACAUGUUGUUCAUAAUACAUAAGAGUUGUGAUCGUGAUAUUUGUGAUAAGACACAAUGCUGCCGUGUGGGCGUUCUUCCUUUCGGACUUCCUUUCUGCUAGCGACGACUGUGUCGGACACACAUCCUACCAGUAACGAAUGUGUCAGACACACAUUCUUCCAGUAACGAAUGUGUCAGACACACAUUCUUCCAGUAACGAAUGUGUCAGACACACAUUCUGACAGUAAAGAAUAUGUCUUACACACAUUCUUUCAGAUACGAAUGUGUCCGACACAUAUUCAGCCAGUAACGAAUGUGUCGGACACACUUUCUACCUGUAAGGAUUCAGGAAUGUGGUGCCAUGUGUAUAUACCAUCUGGAAGACAGCCAUUUGUAGGAGCAGAAUGACUAAGGGUGUGGGUAUUCUUGUGGCUUCCCCUCACACAUAGUCCACACAUCGUUGUGUGUGAUAAUUUAUACGUCGUUGUGAGUGAUGAUUCACACAAUAUUGUGAGUGAUGAUUCACACGUCGAGUCAACAAUAACAGACGGAUAGUACUUGGAUCGAAAUAACAAUAGGUUUCAAUCUCGGAAUGUUACCCUUUCAAGGAUAUCUACAUCAUUUUUUUUCUAACCUAUAGAUUACCAUCUU